AUGAGUGCCUCGUACUCAGCUGCAUUGUUUGAGGCCUGGUCAACAGUCCCUACUGAUGUAGAGCAAGAAGCAGAUUAUGAAACUGAUGAUGAAGACUUAUUGUAUGAGAACAGUUCAGAGGAUCAGGACUAUGUUCCCAGGUUUGACAAUGAAGAUUAUGAUGAAUAUGGUUUGGAUGAUGAUUGGUUAGGUGACAUGGAUGUUGAGUUUAAUGAAGUUGGUCAGUGGAUAGGAGGAGUUGGUCAAGGGUCCUCCUCUGCAGGUGUUGAGAAUGAGGCAGAUGUAGAUGAUUUUGAUAAUGAGACAAUGCAUGGAGUUGUUGAGUCUGAUGAGGAGUGUAUUGGGAAUGAGGUAGGGUCUGAUGGGGAAGAAGAUGGAGAUGGGUUCCCUGAGUUCAACCCCAAAACUGAUAUGCAUAACCCUCAAUUCUGCGUAGGUAUGAAGUUUGCAACCACAAAGAUUUUGAGAGCUGCAGUAAGAGAAAGAGCAAUUCAAAAAUGGUGGGAAGCAUUGUUUGUGAAAAGUGAUAGGGAUAGGAUAAAGGUGAUUUGCAAAGAUCAAAAUUUCCCCUUCGAGCUGUAUGCAUCUAAGAUGCAACAUGUCAAUACUUUGCAUAUCAAGACCUAUAAUCCUGCACACACUUGUGCUAGAGUGAAUGACAACAGCAUGAUUAGGUUUGCUUGUCUUACAGAGGCUCUUGCACAAGCAAUGUCAGCUAGGGUGAAAGUAAGAGUGUCAAACCAGCAGGCUUACAGAACAAAAAAGGCAACCUUGGCCCUUUUAGAAGCUGAUAUCAAGGAACAAUAUGCAAGAAUAAGGGACUAUGGGGAUGAGCUCAGAAGAGCAGAUCUAAAUACCACCAUUGACAUUAAGUGUGACUUCAAUGAAGAUCCUGAUAGGCCUGCCAAGCACUGGUCUAGGGCACAUUUUGGAACACAUCUGAAGUGUGACAUCCUCUUGAAUAAUUUGUCCGAGAGCUUCAAUGCAUUCAUUGUACCAGCUAGAAAGAAGCCAAUUGUGAGCUGUUUUGAAGAAAUAAGGGUCAAGCUGAUGAGGAGAAUCCAAGUUAUGAGGGAUAAGAUGCUGAAACAUGAAGAUACAAUCUGCCCCAAACCUAGGGAGAUAUUGGAGAAAAAUAAGGUCAAGGCUGCAACUGAUUGCAUACCUAGUGGAUCAGCAAUAUAUUACAUGAGACAUGCCCAUGAAGAGUAUGUGGAUCAGUGCUACUUGAAGAAGACAUACAUGGCCAUUUAUGCCAACACAAUUAAACCUGUAAUAUUUGUGGUCUAA